ACUUAGAUCAUGUUACUUUAUUGGACUUUACCGGUUUUUUCAUUCGACCCAAUUUUUGAAAACCAAAUACAAUUAGCGGCAGCCCACAUAAAAAUUUCCAACAGAUACGUCACCAUUGGUUGCAUGGAGAAGGUGCUAUGCAUGCUUGCUUGUUGGGUGGAAGAUCCAAAUGGUGAUUACUUUAAAAAGCAUCUUGCUAGGAUCCCAGAUUACAUAUGGGUUGCUGAAGAUGAAAUUAAGAUGCACAGUUUUGGAAGUCAAGAGUGGGAUACUGGUUUUUCUGUUCAAGCUUUACUUGCUAGCAAUCUCAUAAAUGAAAUUAGACCUGUCAAGGACAACCCUCCAAGUGACUUCAAAAAAAUGUAUCGCCAUAUUUCCAAGGGAUCUUGGACUUUCUCUGAUCAAGAUCAUGAAUGGCAAGUUUCUGACUGCAGCACAGAAGACUUGAAGUGUUGCGUACUAAUGUCAAUGUUGUCGCAAGAAAUUGUUGGGGAGAAACUAGAACCAGAGCGAUUCUAUGAUGCUGUUAAUGUUUUGCUGUCUCUUCAGAGUAAAAAUGGAGGUGGUGCUGCCUGGGAGCCAGCUGGAGCUUCAGAAUGGUUGGAAAUGCUCAAUCCCACAGAAUUCUUCGCAGACAUUGUCAUUGAGCAUGAAUAUGUUGAGUGCACUUCAUCCGCAAUCAGUGCUUUAGUUUUGUUUAAAAAGCUAAAUCCUGGGUAUCGGAAGAAGGAGAUUGAAAAUUUCAUUGCAAAUGCUGUACGCUUCCUUGAAAACAUACAAAUGCCUGAUGGAUCAUGGUAUGGGAACUGGGGAGUAUGCUUCACGUAUGGUUCAUGGUUUGCACUUGGAGGACUAGCUGCUGCUGGCAAAACUUACAAAAAUUGUCCCGUGGGGAACUGUGGAGGUAAUGCCCAUAGCUCUGUUUCUAUUCUUCAAUUAGCUACUUGCAGCUUGCCUGAACCUGAAUUGUGAGUAUUUGUGAGUGUCUAAGUAUCUGUGCUUGAUGAUUUAUUUUGAGGUGAAGUAGAUCUCAUUCUUUUGGCCUUAUUAUUUCCGAUUUCAUUUUCCCUCCGAUUGUUCACAACAUUGUCAAAAUGCGAUUUUCAUUGUUUACAUGUCUGCGCAGCUUCUUUCUUCCAUUUGUAGUAAACGAUAAUCGUAUUG